AUGACGGCACAAACAGCACCGGAGGCCGGGAAGAAAAAGGCGGCAGCGACCGUUCUUGCACCUGCGGCUCCCUCUCCCCCGUUUGACUUUCACACCGUCACGUGUGUAACGUGGUCAGCUUCGGGUCGGAACAUUGGUGUAGGCACAACAGACGGGUUUCUCAUCUACAGCACCGAGCCGCUCGUCAGCAACCUGAGUGGUACCUCGACUUCUCAGAGCACCCUCGACCGCUCCGCUGAAGCCGCAGGCCUCCUGGCCGCGGAUGUACACAACCCAAUGCUUCAAGAAGUCUGCCGCUGCGCGGUGUACGGUGGCGUGGGGUUGCUUAACCUUUACAAGCAGUGCAGUCUCGUAGCCUUCACCGGUGUUCAGCGACGCAGUGCGGCAGCGCGAAUACAGCUGGCAGACACCAGUGUGCAGCCCCCGUCGGACUUCUACGCACCUUCCGCGCCGCCGCCAUCAGCUGGGGUAGCACCCGCGACACCGCCCGUGCCGCGCUGCAAGCCAUGGCCGCCGGAAGAAGAUGCGGCGGCUGCGCAGUGGUAUGAGCGGUGGCGUGUGUCAGUUUUCGCCAGCAGCUCAGCAGCAACAGCCACCACAGUCAGCACGCUAGCCUUUGUGGUGUGCCCGCCCACAGUGGUGGGGUUGAAUUUUUGCCCUCAUGCCGUGAUCGCAGUGGCGUCUGGGGAUCCCAAAAUUGUCGGCUCACACACCCUCCAUGUGUUCGACCAUCACCUACACCCGCUCUACACCCUGUCCGUGUACCCGCCCAGCAGCAACGCAUACCUAAAAGAUAUGGUUGCUAUUGCAGCGACCCCGACACUCUCAAACGGAGCUGGAAUGAUUGUGCAGCGUCUGCGAGUCCUCCUACCAGGAGAGAAGAGGGGUGAGGUUCGACUGCUCACCUUCAAAAAAUCAGCACUGACGGCCGCUUCCUUUGAGGAAGCCGCACACGACGACUACACGAACCACCCCGGCAGCGCCUACCGACAAGGCUAUGGCGACACGCAUCGGCUGGUCGACAAGGUACUUCACCAGGCACCACUGCGUGCGGUCGCCAUCACCGAGGACGGCAAAAGUGGUGUGACCAUGAGUGAGCAGGGCAUGCGCAUUCGGGUCCUGGACUUCGUCGGUGACGACAAGAUGAUCAACCGGCUCACCCUUGAUCGAGGCCACCUGCCCGCCGUCGUCGACACCGUCUCGCUCGCCAUCGUCUCCGUGCCGCAGGCGCAACCCCUGAUGCAGAACGCCGCGACCGCAACGGCAUACACCCACGAGCGAUGUGGCAGUAACGAUAACAACGCCUCUGUUCACGUCAGCGAGACAUUGAGCCGGCAGUACCAGCGCCUGACAGAGGUGGUGCAUGACAUCGUGGUGUGUCUCACAAGCUCCGGCACAACCCACAUCUUUGGCUGCGGCCUUCAGCAGGUGCUGUUUUACCACAGUGACAAGACUCUGCUGCCACGGGUUGGCUAUCCAUACGCCUUUUCUGUAUGCCUGCCGCCCCUCCUCGCGAAGGAGGGCGUCGUCUCAAUUUUCGUGGCGCGCAGCGACGCGAGCACCUCCGCAGUACACUAUCUUCCACGCCACGAACACUGCAACGCCAAGGGAGGGAGAGACGACUGCAGCAACAGCGCGACACAUCACUUGCCCGGCGAGUUCUUUGCGUUUCAACUACGGUACCACAGCAGCAGUGCCGCAACUGCGGCCACAGGUGGAGCGGGCAGCACAUCCAAGUGCACGACGCUCGUCCGCUUCACCCUUUCCUCUCCGUGA